GAAGGAAGAGAUGGGCCGCGUGAUCCGUGCGCAGCGCAAGGGCGCGGCGGGGUCGGUGUUCAAGUCGCACACUCACCACCGCAAGGGCCCCGCCCGCUUCCGCGCGCUCGACGUCGGCGAGCGCAGCGGCUACCUCAAGGGCGUCGUCACCGACAUCGUGCACGACCCCGGCCGCGGCGCGCCGCUCGCCCGCGUCACCUUCCGGCACCCCUUCCGCUACAAGCACCAGAAGGAGCUCUUCGUCGCAGCCGAAGGCAUGUACACCGGCCAGUUCCUCUACUGCGGCCGCCGCGCCAACCUCUCUAUCGGCAACGUCCUCCCGCUCGCAAACCUCCCCGAGGGAACCGUAGUCUGCAAUGUCGAGCAGCACGUCGGCGACCGCGGCGCCCUCGCGCGCUGCUCCGGCGACUACGCCAUCGUCAUCAGCCACAACACGGACAGCGGCACCACCAGGGUGAAGCUCCCAUCUGGCGCCAAGAAGGUGCUCCAGAGCGGCUGCCGCGCCAUGGUCGGUCAGGUCGCUGGCGGUGGCAGGACCGAAAAGCCGAUGCUCAAGGCCGGCAACGCUUACCACAAGUUCCGCGUGAAGAGGAACUGCUGGCCCAAGGUGCGCGGCGUGGCCAUGAACCCUGUGGACCAUCCCCACGGGGGAGGCAACCACCAGCACAUCGGCCACGCCUCCACCGUCCGUCGCGACGCUCCUCCCGGUGCCAAGGUUGGCUUGAGGGCAGCACGGAGGACCGGCAGGCUCACGGGGCAAGCUGCUGUAACCGCCGGCAAGUCUACGCUGUGA